GAUAAAAUUCCCAAUUCGCGGCCCAGCGCGAGGCGAAUGGACCGCAGUCACAGCGUCUGCUUUGAGUGUGGCAGCGACGACCUCGUCGAGGACCAUGGCGCUGGCGACCUCAUUUGCCGGGGAUGCGGUAUGGUCCUGAUCGAACACAUGAUCGACGAUGCACCCGAGUGGAACAAUUAUGCCGAGGACGAUAGACAACGCGGGGACCAAAGCCGCGUCGGUAAGGGCCUCGACGAGCGCUUGGGCCUGGACGUGACGCUGGAGACGUACAUUGUCGGGCCAAAGUCCAAGGCGUCGGCCGACGGCCCACCGCGCGCCCACCACUUGUCGCAAACCAGCCAAGUCGUCCGCCGCCGGGCAGGCUUUGACGCGCUCCGCGACUACUGCGACGCGCUGCGCGUCAACAACGCGGUGGCCGACUAUGCCAUCACGCUCUUCGCCAAGGUCGACGAGUCGGAGCAAUUCAACGUGUCGCGCAAGCUCAACAAGGCCCGUGUGUACGCCGCCGUCUUGUACAUGGCCUGUCGCGACUGUGGCAACACGCGCAGCUACAAGGAGCUCGAGGUGAUUACCGGCGUCGACAAGUUCAAAAUUGGCAAGAUGGUGACGCAAAUCACCAAGGCCAACCUCGUCGACCGCGCGGGCCCGGCGCCGCGAGCCCGCACCGAAGACUUUCUCGCGCGCUUUUGCUCGUCGCUCAACUUGCCGAACAAGACGCGUAUCAUUGCGUCGCCGAUCGUGGAAAAGGCCACCAAGAUGGGCAUCGUCGAGGGCCGCGCGCCGCAUGCGAUCGCGGCUGGCGUCAUCUACAUUGUGGCUGCCUUUACAAACGCCAAGCGCUCGGUCGAAGAAGUGAGCGAAGUCACGUCGGUUGGCGCCAGCGUUGUCAAGGAAGUGGCCAAGCUGCUGAACAAGAGCAAGAAGGACCUCUUUGCCGACGUCCAAGACAUCAUGGUGGCGUGAGUCACCGCAGUACGUGCGAUCCUACAUUUCUUUCUGUAGUGGGUCCUUGAGCGAUGCCCAGCACACCCAUAUCGCUACGGGAGUCCCCCUUCGUAAGUUAUUAACCUUUUUUUUUUCCUUUUUUUGUUUUUCCCUAACCCGCGCGCGUCCCGUGACGACGUAUCUUGUAGGGAUCCAUCCUCGUCCUUGGGUCGCAUGGCGGCUACGCCAGUGCUAGGUCAUCACACUGGCCGAUGGCGAGCAAGCAGACACAGCAAAGUGGUCUUGGGUCGAGCGCCAUGCGACGUCGACUUGCACGAGUUGCAUCCUGGCUCCACCGUCCGGACGACAAAUCGUGCAAGUCGUGCGAUCGACGGCAGGCACGUCACUGGCAGGAGACUAGAAAGCUAUGCAAACAAAUACACUAGUCGUUGCAUGGA